AUGGCGACGAUGCAGCAUAGCCAGUCGGACGUGUCCCUAGGGACGUCUGGCGCAUGGGCCGAGAUCAAGAAGGAAGAGGGCAUGCGCAAGCGCUCCAACACGGCGCAGAACCUCCAGUUCUAUGUCGAGGAGCAGAAGCGCCUGUACCAGGAACUGCCCUUCAUGGCGCUCCCGGGUAUGCGCCGGCAGUCGUUCCAGCGCGAGCGCAGCUUCUCGAACCUCAAGAGCAAGAGCUCGUGGGGCAGCUUUGGUAGCAUCACCAACUUGGUCGCGCGCGGCGACGAAUCGCAGGCGCUGCUGCCCGAUACGCGCGGCGAGCCGGGCUACACCGUGCCGCUCUUGCUCUCGUGCUGCGUGGCGCUCAUGAGCGCGUUCCAGUUUGGCUACAACACGGGCGUCACCGGCGCCUUGAACCCGAACGUGAUUUUCCCCGACGACGUCAAGACGCCGGACCAAAAGAGCUUUGAGUGGUCGAUUUGCGUCUCGGUCUGGGCGAUCGGUGGUCCCCUCGGCUCGAUCGUCGCGGGCAACCUCAGCCAAAAGUACGGCCGCAAGAAGACGCUCAUCUUGGACUGCUUCCUCUUUAUCUUUUCCGGCGCGCUCAUGGCUUGCGCGGUCAACAUUUACUGGCUCAUCCUUGGCCGUUUCCUUGUCGGCUUUGCCGCCGGUAUCGUGAGCGUCGUCGUGCCUCUGUAUCUUGGCGAGCUCGCGCCGCCCAACCUUCGUGGCGCGCUCGGUACGGGCUACCAGUUUGGUGUCGUCUUGGGCAUCUUGGCAGCCGACAUCAUGGCCUUUGGCUUCUCGGACUACAGCACGGGCAUUGCGCACCCCGGUUGGCGCUUCAUGUUUGGCUUUACGAUCAUCCCGGCCUUCCUUCAGUUGGCGCUCGCGUCGUUCUUGACAGAGUCGCCGCGUUGGCUCUUGACGCAGAACAAGCCCAAGGAAGCGGCCGAAAUCUUGCGCCGCUUGCGUGGCACGACCGACGUGUAUGAGGAAAUCGACAGUAUUUGCUCGGCGAGCGACAACGAAAACUCGGGCAUGACCAUGUGGCAGGUCCUCGGCGACAAGAGCAUUCGCUUCCCGCUCAUCGUCGGCGUCACGCUCCAAAUCGCGCAGCAGCUCUCGGGCAUCAACGCCGUCAUGUUUUACGCGAGCUCGUUCUUCCAGGGCGUGCACCUCUCCAACCCGCUCGUCGGCACGACGCUUGUCGGUGUCGUCAACGUUGUCUCGACCGGCGUCGCGCUUGUGCUCAUGGACACGGCGGGCCGCCGCCCGCUCCUGCUCUGGUCGUGCGGUGGCAUGAUCCUCUCGUGCGUCGUGCUGACGCUCGGCUUGUGGCAGCUCUUGCCGUACUACGAGAUGGUCAGCGUCGGCGGCGUCAUGCUCUUUGUGUGGUUCUUUGAGAUUGGUCUCGGUCCGAUUCCGUGGCUCAUCGUCGCCGAGAUGUUCCCGGCCAAGCCGCGCCCGACCGCGAUGGCGCUCGCGACCAUGGUCAACUGGCUCUUUAGCUUUGUCAUUGGCAUUACGUUCCCGAUGCUCCAAAACCACUUGCUCGAAAACUCGUUCGUGCCCUUUGGCAUUGCGCUUGUCCUCGCGUUUGCCUUUACGUUCAAGUACGUGCCCGAGACGAAGGGCAAGACGCUCGAAGAGAUCCAGCAAGACAUGGCGCACAUGUAG